GUAACUCGAACCGGGAAGGAAGAUGGAAGGAAAGACUUCUAGAGAGUUUGAUGAAUCGUGUAUUUUCUGCCAUUUUGCGCACAAUAGAGACGAAGAAACGACUGUUCUUAAGCAGGACAAAGAGUUUGUUUGCUUCAGAGAUAUUGAUCCUGUUGCUCCUCAUCACUACCUGGUUAUUCCUAGAGACCACAUUGUCAGCUGCAAAUCACUGAACAGAACCCACAUUGACCUCGUUGAAAGGAUGGCCAAAUUUGGGAAAGAAGUCCUCCUGGACCAGGGGAUCACUGAUAUGGAGAAUGUAAGGUUGGGGUUCCAUCAGCCUCCCUUCAUCUCAGUAGAACACCUUCACCUCCAUGUGCUCGCCCCGGCUAGCCAGAUCUCAACUUCUAUGCAGUACAAGUUCACCCCAGGAACUGACCGUUUUAUUGCUGAAAGGUCUCUAAGGGAGCGUUUAAAGAAAGUGUCUCCACUUACCUUUGCAAGUUUUAGACAAUAUUUGGGAUUUUAGGUUUUGGAUCCAACAUUUAACCUAAAGGGAAAAUGUUGGAGCUUAAGGAGCCUCUAAUGAUCAUGGAGCUGUGGUAAAAAAAAAAAUUCAGCCUGGAAAGAAACUUUUACAAGCACUGGCUGUUAAGACAGAAAAGCUGAAAUCCAGUGUGCUGUUUUGAACAUUUAUUGUUCAUCCAUCCAUUAUGUAGCACCGAGGUUGCAAGGGGGGCUGGUGCCUCUCUCCAGUGGGAUACACCUUGGACAGAUCGUCGGUCUAUCGCAGGGCAACACAGAGACAAACAGGACAAACAACCACACAUGCGCACACUCACACUUAAGGAGAAGCCAAAGUCCCCGGGGAGAACCCACGCAUUUACAGAGAGAACAUGCAAACUCCAGGUUGGCUGGAACUCCAACCCAGGACCUUCUCGCUACAAGGCAACUAUUCUACCCACUGCACCACUGUACAACCAACACAUUUAUUUACUUUUUAUUUUUUAAUCAUUUUAUCUUUAUGUUUAGUCACAUUUACAUGUUAAGGAGACAAUAAGCCAAACUGUGGCAUAUAAAUCAUCAAUUUUAGAUUGAAUUGUUUACUGAAAUAUAUGUAAAGCAAGUUAUUAUUUUAUAGUUAUUUAUAAUUAGUACCAAAUGAACUGUUAGAUAACUAAUAUAAACAUUAAAAGGUGAUUUUUGACUUGUUUGAAAAAUGGUCUUGAUAUAUAAAAAAGAUGCGUACUUCUUGUAAAAUGUGUUUUUUAUCAGUGAAAUGAAAAAGAUUGUGAUUGUGAUUGAAAAAAAAGCUUCCUGUAUUUAUUCUUGGAUUUAUUUUAAAGUUAUAAAUGUCAAUUUAAGCUUAUAAAGCGAUAAAACAAUUGUUUAUAGGAUAGAAAUUCUCAAUAUUUGUUUCACCUCAAAAUAGUUUUUGUUCACAUCAUUUGGAGUCAAGGGUUACAAUUUUGUGACUGUUGUGUUUCUUUAAAGAUGUACAGCAUAUGAGCCAACUUAUGUUGUAAUUUAAGUGCUGAAAUCAAACUCAUCCGCUUGAUGUAUUUUUUAUUUCGUCAGUGUGCUUUUGAUUCCUCGCUUGUAUGACAAUUUGUAAUGGCCAUAAUGAAGUUUACAUACCUCUAAAAAUGUUCAUUUUUUUAUUAUGAUCAAGACAAAAUAUUUUAGCACUUUUUCCCACAUUUAUUGUGACAUACAUCCUACAAAUAAACUAAAUAUAAACCAACAUGUUAGAGCAAAACAAAAGUAAUACAUAUACAAAUGCUGCAAUAACCUG